AUGGCAGCGCUGAGACAGGAGCAUCGGUAUGGGCUCUCCUGUGGCAAAAUCAACAAAAACACCCCGAAUAAAACUCUGUAUCACGUCAAACUCACCGACACUGCCAUCCGGACCCUCGAAGCCUACCAGAACCUGAAGGCAUCACUAUCAAAUCAGCCAGCGAUUUGCUUCAAGGAGAGCCAGGGGUACGUAAAGAUCCCAGCGCCGACCCCUGAGUCUCCUGAUGGAUUCAGAGUCUUCUCGUUCUACCUAUCCAGUGACAGCAAAGACAAGCCUCAGUCCAGCUUCGACUGCAUUCACCAGUAUGUCUCAGGGGAGGGCAGGGAUCAACUGGAGGGCCAAGGCAGCAUUCAGGACAAGAUCACAGUUUGUGCCACAGACGACUCCUACCAGACGACCCGGGAGCGCAUGUCUCAGGUGGAGAAAGACAUCUGGAGCCGCUCAGCAAUUGAGAUCAAGCCGGGGCCAAGUAAGUGCGUGAAGGUCCAGAGGAAGCAGGGUCUGGUAUCAGGCCCAGAUAGCAGCAACAAACACUCCCCCAGCAACAAGAGGAGCCUGGUUCCUAGCCCUGUGGCACACCGGCCCUUGAGGGAUCGCAUCAUUCAUCUCCUGGCCUUAAAGCCCUACAGGAAACCUGAGCUGCUACUGUGGUUGGAAAGGGAGCGGGCCAGUCCAAAGGACAAGGCUGACCUGACCCCAGUACUGGAUGAGUUGAAACGCCCGUUCCACUCACCCCCAACAAACUGUCAGACCCCCAAAAAACAAAGACUAUUAGACCAGUGUUUGCCUCUGCAGUCGCCCUCAUAUGGAGACUACAGGACCAAUGGGGCUCAUAGCUCCUCCAGUCAUAGAAACUCUAGUGUACAGAUCAAACUGGAGUUUGACAAAACCAACAAUCAUCUACAGGGGAGCCCAAAUCGCCUGUACUCGCCACACAAACUCAGCGGGUCAACAACUAUUCCCAAACUGGAGAGGACAGAGCCAGCUCCGACUGCACCCAGCCCUAAGCCCCCACACACCGACGCCUCCAUUUGCACUGAGCAGCAGUUCACCAAUGGCCAACAUAAAAAGAAGAGGUCCAAAAAGCACAAGGAGAAGGAACGGGAGCGCUUAAAACCAGACUGGAUUGAGACCAGUCCAGACCUGAAGCAGAACCAAGAUAAUCUCAAAGACCAUGAGGGAGAGAAAAUACCUGUUAAUCGAACCUCAGCAGAGGAACUGCCUGAUUAUUUAAUAAAAUACAUCACCAUCACAGCACUGGAGCAGCGCGAGCAGUAUAAAGACGACUUCUGUGCCGAGUACGAUGAAUACAGAGCUCUUCAUGACCGGAUUGGGGCUAUCACAGAGAUGUUUGUUCAGUUGGGCUCAAAGAUCAACACCCUCUCCCCGGGAACACAAGAGUACAAGCUAAUGGAGGACCAAAUACUACAGAAGUACCGAAAGUAUAAGAAAAAGUUUCCUGGUUAUCGGGAAGAGAAGAAGCGAUGCGAGUACCUCCAUCAGAAACUGUCGCAUAUCAAAGGCCUGAUCACAGAUUAUGACCAAGCACAGGGACUCUCCUACUAACUGGCCUCCGCCCUUAGCAGGGCAUAAUAUGACUGGACCAAAAGACUCCUUACGGACCCAAAGACUGCUCAGCUGGGUCCUGGAGCUGCUGAGACACUAUUCACUUUACUCCUCUGAGUGUUAACGGAAUCGAGUAGCGAGGUUCUUUUUUCAAAAGUGGGCUGAGACCACGACUCGUGAUCAAAUGUUGCCCUUUAACAUUAUGGUUUUCAACUAUGAUUAUCGCUGUAAUGGCUGGAUUUUGUUCUGCUGUAAAAUGGUCAGACGACCCAGUGAAAGCCAAAUCCAUUUUUCUGAAAUGUAAAACAGAUGUGAUCCUUCCUGCUUAAUAGUAUUUUUAUUCUGUCUUUUAUCUUGUCAGAACUAAAAGGCGCUGAUUUAUAAAAAGUAUUAAAUUGAUGGUACAAUCAAUCUUAGGGGGAAACAAAUGCCACUAAAGUCUUUAUAUUUAACAUACAGAGGAAUUUGUUUAUUUGCUGAUAGAAAGUCAGAUAUUGACAUAACACAUUCAAUCACAUCAAUGAUUCAUUGGUGAUAGCGAUAAGAGUACAUAAUGACAAUGAUAUGGUCAUGCCAUGAAUAGUCUAACAAAAUGUAUCAUCCACUCAAAACCUAUAUUUCUGCGGGACUAAGACCCUACAACGGUUAUCUAAAUGAAAUGAUCCCACAAUGAAGUUUAAAGCAUAACAUGCAGAGCUGUUUCACAGUGUGCUGUAGAAUAUGCGGUCAGGACCAGUUUCUUUGUGCUUUGAUAAGAAGGAAUUUUACCCUGCAGCUUUUAUACCAGCGUCCGGUUUCAUUUCUAAGAAAUGUUGGAAUGCCACAAAACAACUCCUCCCAGUACCAUCAGGCUGGUGCGUGUGCACAUUUAGUGUUAAUUUCACCCACAUGUAGCCUACCAUGAACUGCCUUUUCAUUAUCAACUAACACAUCUCUCUAGUCUUCUGGCUGCAGGUUUGUUUACUGAUUCACAGUGCACACCGUGUUCUGUAGACGAUUGACUACAAGUGGCUCUGUGAAGUAUAACUUUUCACUUUACAUGCAGUUUUAAAAGCUUACGGGGUAUUUAUCCUUGUAAUCAAGCUUGUCCAAACAUUUUGAUUUACCAUGAUUUUGCCUUGGUUGAAGUCUUGAUGAUGUUUCACAUAGUAUUUCGUUGAAUAACAGUAAUUCACUUUAGUGAAGCUUACACUUUGAUGUUAUUCUGCUGGAUGUGAUAGAGAGCUUUUCCUAAAUUGGACUGUGUAAUUUUUAGCCCCAUGGGGAGAAUGACACUGUGGGUCAGUCACUCAGUUUUAACCACUUCGGUUUGUACCAAGGCAGGUACAUCUGAAUACCUGUAACCUAUAAUUUUAUUUCUCCUUAAUUAGCUGUGGCCUGAAGUAGGAAAUAGUGAUCAGAUUUCAGUGUUUUCUGGACAUUUGCAUCAAUGUAGCUGUACUCACAACUAUUGUCUUAAUGAUGGCUUAAAAUGAGCGGAUGAAGCUAAUAUUUGCCUUAACAUGUAUGUUCAGACAUUUCCAAGAUUACGCUCUCCCUGUCCUGAAAUGUUCUUAGCUUAACCUGCACAGUUCAAAUGCAGACCAUUUCUGUAAAUGUCUUUUAGUUUGAGGGAAAGUUCAGUUACUGGAUACUCGUUGCGCAACAGUUGUCUUAUCUGUGUUGUUCUUGGGGUUUUCGCCCCUCCCCCAUGUACGUCUUAAUAAUUUUCUGUUUUAGCUUCAUUUGUCAAGAUAAUCAUGAACUUUAAAGGAAUUGAAUUCAUUGUCCAAUCCUAUCAAGCACCACUAUCAAAGAAUCAUUGCAGAAAUCUUUACAAAAUAGUGUGCUUUGCUUCUCUUGAUUUCUCAGUGCAAAUACUCAGUGGGCUUACGGUCACAGCUGCUCUUUUGUGUACGUUAAAUCUAAGUUUUUUUCCACUUGGUGUUCUGGGAUGUUUGAAGGAUUUGAGAUUAGCAACAGUUGCUCUGUCUUGGCACAUAUGAACGUUUCCAAGAAAGGAAUAUUUAUCAGCACUGACUAAUGGGGCCCACACAGUGUUUUAAGCAUUAAAUAUCAUGAAAGCUAAAAAUGCUGGCUUCUUAAAGCUCCGGUACACCUACAGAAAUAUUUUCAGUAUACUUGCCGUUUGGACCAAACUUCACACUCUUGUGUGAUUCUUUUGUCAACAUGCAUUUGAAUGUGCUAAGCAAAUGUGUUACACAGCUCCACCCAACUUGAGAAAAUGUCUGAUCAGUCAAAAUAACUGAAAACAACGGUGUGCUUUGUUCUGGUACUGGAUCUGGAACUCAAUGAGGCGUGGUUCCAUUGUAUUUAAAGACAAGAGCACAAGGCCUGCUCAGAUAUACUUUGUUUUUCAACAAAUCUUUCAUUCAAAAAAAGAAAGGUACUGAAAUUUGUUUUUGAAUGAUGCGGGAUGGAAACAUCUGCAUAACACCAUUUAGACCAUGAGACCUUAAAAUAAUAACAAUUUACCUAACUAAUUCAAGUUAAGGGCUUCCCAUUUGCCACUAAAGUAGCGUUGGUCAAGUGUACAAUAUGUAAUCACCCCUGGGCAAAAAGUCUAAUCAUAGUAUGAAUGAAGAUAAUUGUACCAUUCAUAUUGACGUGUUGUUUUUGGGAAACCAGACCCUUGGUGAAAGGGGCUUCUCAAGUGCUAACUGUGAUGUUUUUACUGUUGCAGGAGUUAACUACUGAAGGUGCCUUUUUCAUUCAAAGAGCAGGGCCACUCUGCAUAAAACUGUCAUUGGUAUUUGGGGGAGGAAAAAAAAGAAGAAGAAAAAAAAAACUUGGGCCAGCAGUAUUCACGCAUCUGUAGUUUCACACUGUUGCCACUUUUCAAAGUGCUUUGUUCAUACUUACAAUAAGUUGAUAUCAGAUGCCUUGUAAAAUGUAUGAAGCCUAUUGGCACUGACAUGAUUUCAUAUUUAAACAGAACAUUUUUUCCCAGACAUGUAAUAAUAUAUAUAUAUGGCAUUUGUAAAUGCAAGGUUUUCCAGGACACUAAUUAAACUGCAUGUGGUGUUAGCUAACUGAAAGAAUGGCCUGGAUUUCGUUUUAAUUUCUAUUUCCAACCCAGCAAACUGUUUGGUGAAUUGGUUUGUUGGACCUGGAAAAACAAUGCCUCAAUGGAAAUGUGAAAUCAAACAUUUUGCCAAGUAUAAAUCACUGCAAUUCAUCUACCAAGGAGAACAACUUUCUUUAUUUAUUGCUCUUUUUUAAAAAAUGUGUUUGUCCUUUUAUGGGAUUCAUCUUUGCAUAGUUCAUUCUUUUCACAGCGAAACUCAAAAGUAUGGCGAAAGGGAAAUGGAAUAUAUUUUUUCAAUUUUUGAUGGUGGAUGCUUUAUCAUGUCAUCCUCUUGAGAAAAGCUUUCAGAAAACAAGUGUAUUGUUGUCUCAGUAUAAUUGAAAAAUAAAGCUCUUUUCAAUUCAA